UGUAACCUUGUGAGAUUUACCUUUUGGUAGUGCCCUAUAGGCUUAUAUGAAGCUGUGACUGUUGUACAGUUUCUCUGCACACGGGUGUCACGUUGAACAUCAGUGCAACUAUAUAGCCCUUUUGCACCGGCCAGAUAGCUGUCUUAAAGGGGCCUUAUUCAGCGAUGGUAUGAGAGCCAAGGCCUUGCACCGCACAGUUUAGGCCCCAUAGUAGCGGAAUGUGUGUGGCUACAAUUGGGACCCCCUCAUGCCAGACGGUGUACCAUAGGGGUAUGGCAUAGCACUUCACGUUUUUGGAGUAAAAUCACUACCUCUUGUUUUAACCCUAUUGGAUCUAUAUUACAUUCAUCAAUAUUUAUUUAUAGUUUACCCACUGUUGAUAGUGGCUGUGUGAAAGUGUGUGUGUUCAAUUUGGGAGUGUUUUACCCAUCACUUGUAGAAGAUGGCCGUGUGUCGAAUUUUCGUGAUGGUGACAGCUCUAAGCUUGCUGGUGGGUCUGAGAGCAGCCCAGUGCCCCCGGGAAUGUAUCUGUCAGGGCAAAAUGGUAGACUGCAGCUACCGAGGUCUUUACCAUAUUCCAAGAGGUAUCCCGAAGGAUUCCGAACGAUUGGAUUUGCAAGGGAACAACUUGACCGUCGUCAGGAGAGCGGAUUUCCAGGGGCUUCGACAUUUAAAAAUAUUGCAACUUUUGGAUAAUCAAAUUCACACCAUCGAGAAGGGGGCUUUCCAGGAUCUGGUUGUCAUGGAACGCUUGCGGCUGAACAGAAAUCAGUUGAAGCAUAUUCCAGAUCUGCUUUUUAUAAACAUGCCAAACCUCUACCGACUGGAUCUGAGUUUUAAUAGGCUGAGGACAGUUGGAAGAAAAAUGCUAAAGGGGGGCAACUUACUGAAAAAUCUACAGUUGGACCACAAUGAAAUCACCUGUUUAGCAGAGACGGCUUUACGAGGAUUAAUACAUAUGGAAAUAUUAACUGUUAAUCGGAACAAUUUAACAACCAUUCCACAAAGUAUUAUUGCCCAGAUGACCAAAUUACGGGUUUUGAGAAUAUCUGACAAUAGGCUAGUUUGUGAUUGUCACUUGGAGUGGUUAGCCCAUUGGCUCCGAGCUCAUCCCUCCCUGGCUCUCUUCACCAAAUGUGUUGCACCAAGACACUUCCGCCAUGUGGAAAUAGCUGAGUUGGAAGGGCAUGACUUUAAAUGCAAUGCCAUAGAGAACACCCACCAGCCUGUGGACUGUAUGGAUGAGAACAUGUGCCCCCAUGAGUGUGUCUGUACAGAGGGGGUAGUGGACUGUCGAGACAAGGGACUCACCCAGAUCCCUGAUAACAUUCCAGACUCCACCACUGAGCUCCGACUGGAACAAAACUUGAUCAGCCAGAUACCAUCCAAGGCUUUCAGUGAACUGAAGAAAUUGCGCCGAAUUGACCUUAGUAACAACCAGAUAUCCUAUUUGGCUCCAGAUGCCUUCUCCGGACUCAAGUCACUGAAUUCUCUUGUUCUAUAUGGGAAUAAAAUUAGUGACCUGCCACCAGCCAUAUUUGAGGGCUUGACAUCAUUACAGUUAUUAUUGCUGAAUGCGAAUAAAAUUACAUGUGUGAGAGUGGAUACAUUCACGGAUUUGCACAACCUCAAUCUCCUAUCACUGUAUGAUAACAAAAUCCAGUCUCUUGCCAAUGGAACAUUUACCCCAUUAAAGACAAUACAGACAUUGCAUUUGGCUCGAAAUCCGUUCAUUUGUGAUUGUAACAUCCAGUGGUUGGCUCUGUAUCUGGACAAACACCCAAUAGAGACGAGCGGGGCAAGGUGUGAGAGUCCUCGCAGGAUGAAGCGUAAAAAGAUUGGCCAUGUGCGACAGAAGAAAUUCAAAUGUAAAGGUGCCGAACUUCACAGGACAAAGCAUGCUGGGAAUUGUAUGAUUGAUCGCGAGUGUCCAAGGGGGUGUGUUUGUGCAAACACAGAGGUAGACUGUUCAGCUCGUCAGCUGACAGUAAUCCCUACAGAUCUGCCCAUGUAUACAACAGUACUCAAGCUGAGCAACAAUGAAAUCACAAGAGUUGAGAACAAUGGAGUCUUCAGAAAAUUACCUAACCUGCAAGUCAUAGAUCUACAACACAACCACAUUGACACCAUUGAAGAAAACUCAUUUGAGGGUUUAGAUAAAGUUACAGAAUUACUUCUCACAGACAACCGUCUAUCUCAAAUCUCAGCUGAGAUGUUCAAAGGGCUGAAGAGUUUGAAGACUUUGACCCUACGCACAAACAGAAUCCCUUGUAUCAAUAAUUCAACCUUUUCAUCCCUGAGUCCAAUUCGUCAGCUAUCACUCUUUGACAACCAGAUCAGGUGCAUUAUGCCUGGGGCAUUUGAUAAGCUCCGUAUGAUAUCCACAUUAAACUUAAUGUCCAAUCCAUUUAACUGUAACUGCCAAAUAAAGUGGUUACCUGAAUGGUUGAAAAAGAAGAAUGUUGUGUCAGGUAACCCCGCCUGCCUGAUGCCCCAUGGACUGAAGGGGCGCCCCCUACAAGACCUCAGUGCCGAGGAACUGGUCUGUGAAGAGAAUAACCAGAUAGGCUGUCACGUGGGAACACCUCCUUGCUGCCCAUCAAACAAUCAGAUAGAGAACAGCUGUGACCCACGGGCUUACUGCCCCCCGAAAUGUAAGUGUACAGGAACGGAGGUGCGCUGCAGCAGGCAAGGACUGGAAGAGUUUCCAGCCAACAUUCCACUGGACACUACAGAACUAUACCUGGAUGUGAACAAAAUCACCACAAUAUCUCGUGAAGUUGGAUUACUCACAAAACUGACCAAAUUGGAUCUCAGCAACAAUGCAAUUAUGACAUUACCAGAGUGGAUAUUUUCUAAUCUCACCAGUUUGGAGACUUUAAUAUUGAGUUAUAACAAACUGGAGUGUGUGGCAGAAUCUAGUUUUUCAAACCUGAGGAAAUUAAGAAUUCUGUCUCUUCAUGCUAACAACAUCUCCACUUUACCAUACGGAGCUUUUAAUGACCUGGAUUCCCUAACUCACAUAGCCUUUGGUGGUAAUCCCCUUUACUGUGACUGUCACCUCAAGUGGUUAUCAGAGUGGAUUAAGAAGGACUAUGUGGAGCCGGGGAUUGCAGCCUGUGUGGAGCCAGAGAACAUGAAGGAUAAGCUUGUCCUGACCACACCACUACAGUACUUUCAGUGUAUGGGUGACCCUGAUAAAGUCAUCAUGGCAAAAUGCAAUGCUUGUUACAAGAACCCUUGUAAAAACGAAGCAUCUUGCAAGUCUUAUGGAUUUAAGAACUUUUCCUGUGAGUGUACACCUGGUUACCAUGGAGAAUUGUGUGAGCAUGAAAUAGAUGCGUGUUAUGGAAAUCCAUGUGAACAUGGAGGAAGUUGUAAGGUACUGGACUAUGGUAGAUUCAGCUGUGAUUGUUUGGAUGGGUUUGAUGGAGAUCGGUGUCAGGUGAACAUAGAUGACUGUGUUCAGCACUCAUGUAAGAACAACGCCACCUGUGUGGAUCAAGUCCAGUCUUACACCUGUCGCUGUCCACGUGGAUAUACAGGAAAGUACUGUGGCACUAAGAUUGUGUACUGCAAAGGGCUGUAUGAUUUCUGCAUGAACGGAGGCAGAUGUGUGGAUCUAAACACUGAUUACAGGUGCGACUGUACUGAGGGAUUCACUGGUAAAAACUGCUCGGUGAACAUCGAUGACUGUAAGUCCAACGUUUGUCAGCACGGGUCCUCAUGUGUGGAUGGCCUUAACAGCUAUACGUGCAAAUGUCCACCGGGCUACAAGGGGAAAUAUUGUGAAAUAGCUCCAAUUGUGGAUGUCCUCUAUCCUCAGUCCAGCGUCUGUCGCCGGCAUGACUGUCAGAAUAACGGAAUGUGCUAUCAACCUCUUGCCAGCGCUGAUUAUGUGUGUAAAUGUGCACCAGGUUUCAGUGGUAAGAAGUGUGAAAAGUUGACCAGUGUCUCAUUCCCUCACAAAGAUUCGUAUCUUCAACUGCCAAAGCUCAACGUCAUUCCUUCAGUGAACGUCACAAUUCUCCUGGCUACCAAGCAGGCCACCGGCAUCAUUCUGUACAAUGGCAAGGAUCAGCAUUUGGCCGUCGAGCUCUUCAGAGGCCGGGUGCGGGUAAGUUUUGAUGUCGGCAACUACCCAGUUUCUACCAUGUUCAGCUAUGAGAAGGUGGAUGAUGGUGAGAUUCACUCCCUUGAGAUGCUGGUUCACAAGAAGAAUUUCACGAUGAGGAUAGACGGCGGUAUGGCACGCACAAUCCUGAAUGAGGGGUCAAAGGAACAGCUGAGUGUGGGAGAGCCGCUGUACCUGGGGGGUCUACCAGCCAGGGUCAAUUCAGAGGCCUUCAAAAAGUGGCACAUCAGAGAUGGCACAAGUUUUCAUGGUUGUUACAAGCUGGUGUACCUGAACCGUAAGAUCGUGGACUUCUUGUCAAGCAAAGAGCGUCACAAAGUCUUACCUGGCUGUCCUAACUACAGCGAUGAGGACCAAGACCCCUGUGCUGACCAUCAGUGUAGGUUUGGGCUGUGUCGCCCCAAGAAAUCCACCCCUAAUGGCUACAGGUGUAAAUGUCAGCGGGGCUACUCAGGGGAGUUCUGUGACACAGCACCUAACUGUAGAGACUAUAUAUUUCGUGACAUAUACGUGGACCCCAAAACAGGCUGCAAAUCACGGACUAAAAUCAAACACAGGAAAUGCCUGGGCUCAUGUGGCAGGUUCUGCUGUAAACCCAAACGGGUGAAAACCCGAAAAGUGAGACUUUUCUGCCCCGAUGGAAACAACUUUAUCUAUGACCUUCCUGUCAUUCGAAAAUGUGGAUGUCGAAAGUGUCGAAAAGCGGGCAUAACAGCCAGAUUCUUCAUGUGAGAGACAAAGGCAGCUGUAUUAUUUUGAGUCUAGGUGUAAAAAUUUAUGGUUUAGACCAAGGAACAAGUAUAUAUAUAUGUGAGAGAUCUCUGGGCAGUUCAUUUUAGAGGGUGCUGCUGUUGAUCAGGAAAAAUAAAACUUGAAACUGAAGCCAUGAUCUGGUGGAUUGCUGGUGAACUCUUACUGCGAGCCAAAUUGCUGAGGGUAACCAUGAAUGAAUGACCCCUGAGAUAGGGGCGACCGGAUAAUGUUACCUCCAUUUUCAUCCAAGUAGGCAGAUCAAGCCAUGCAUGACAUGCUAAGGGAGAUAACUGGGUGAGAACUGGUCAAAGUUUACUCCCAUCUCCUUAAGGGUUGUGUAUUCAUGUGUGUUCAACAAAGAUUGUCAUGUUCUUUGGUGACCCCAGGAGCUGUGUUUGAUCCAAGUCUAGAGGUUAAACCAAAUCAUGUGAAUAGAUCACAUGUGAUGAAGACUUGCAUGGUCUGGGUAAUCUAUGUUUUACUAUGUGCAUUUACAUAUCAUCCCCGGUCUGCCAGUGUCUAAGGAUGGUUCAUCUACAUGGGCAGAAUUUCAGUUAAGAGUAACGAAGAGGCAAAAACUGUCAGCGGUAUUCACCAUACCUUGAAUAAUUGCCUAAAAAACAGAAGAUGCUGCAAAUGUAUAGUGUAAGCUGUGUACCCCAAAAUACAAAAGAACCAAGAAUGACAAACACAGCAAGUUAAUACAGAAGAGGCAUUUGUGGAGUGUUUUGGAGAAUACAGAAGAGACAUUUGUGGAGUGUUUUGGUGAAUACAGAAGAGACAUUUGUGGAGGGUUUUGGUGAAUACAGAAGAAACAUUUGUGGAGUGUUUUGGUGAAUACAGAAGAGAACAUGGAAGUGAAGGAAUUGAUGAAUACAAACUGCAUCUGUCCGUUCACAAAUACGCAGCUCAGUUUUCUAGUGAAUAAUACAUCUACAUGAGACAGUGGUGAUUUCAGAUUUCACUUGGGAAUAUAAAUAUGUCAUUCGUACAUGGAUUGUGUUUGUGUUAGCUGAGGAGAUAUAUGAAUACAGAACAUUCAUUGCCGCAGAUUUGCAUGGCUACAAUUACAUAUGUAUUUGUGAUGUGUUCAUGUUGAUGUGAAAUUUCUUGUUGAAGUCUCGUGUCAGGAACCAACUCUCAUUCUGUGUGGAUGGGCAGAUAACAAGCUAGGAUUCACUACAGACAUGCACUUCAUGUCUGAACUUCAAGGUGUACUCCGUAGAUCCAGUCUGCUAACAUGCUGAAUGGGAAGUUGGUGAACAUAACAAACUUAGUUGUGAUGACAUUUCCGUAUUUUGAGAAGAAAAAAGAAAAAACUAUGAAAACAGUUAGAACUGAGAGGACAUUUGCCCAUUUGGUCAGGUCACUCUGGAGGGCAGCGCUCUAUGUAAUUGCCCAGAGACUUAAGCUUGUCCAGCUUACUGACGGCUCGUGUCAGGGUUGAACAUACCCCUGUGGACCUCAACUACUACAACAUUGUAUAUAUUAUUAUAGUCUUGCCUAGAUUGUGUCUCUCCUGUACUUCAGGAGUAGUAAAUAUUAUAAUUGUUGAUACUCAUAUUUUCUUGAAGAACAGAUCUGUUCAGAUUUGGUGUCAGCUAUUGGAAUUUGGACAGUGCCAGUGAUACUAGUACUUGGAUGUGAGUAUUGGGUGUUAUACAGAAGAAAUUCCUCACAUGUCACUCAUUACGAUAUACAUGAAAGCCUGUGGGAUUAAAUGGCUACAGUGUGUUGGUACCAGUAAUAAUUCUGAUGUGUGAGGAGUAUGGUCACAUGUAGUACGUGUAUCUGAUUAAGGCAGAUGGAACGACAGAACAAAUAUUUAAAAUUGGACUGAGAUUUAUAUAAAGCCGCAUUCACAUGAUGCAAUUUGUCACAUUGACUCAUGGACUUUAACAAAUGGAAUGAAAAUGGUACAAGUAUAUUUCAUAUGCGGAGUUUAGAGAAUGCAAUUUGUCAAAAUUUGCAAUCAAAUGAAGUUGCGAAUGUCUUAUUUUCAUUGGACUAGUCAAAUUAAAUGUCUCGCCAUGACAGUCACACUGUGGGAAGGCAGUCAAACGUGUGGUAAGUAGAAUACAGGCUUGAGUACAUUUGUCAUAGUGAGACAUAGAGGCCUAUCCUUUACAUGCUGAACGGAUACGAAUGUCAUUUGUGGACAAAUAAAUUCUGAUAACAUGACAGUAAUUAGACAGAUCUGAUGGGAGGCAUAUUUGUAAAAUUAGGAUGACUGAUGUGAGAAAUGUGGAUUAUUUUAAGACAUUAGGUUAAGACAUAAAGCUUCCUGUGCUUUAGCUCUGCGUACUCUUGUCAACAUUAUAACAGAGUACAUGUAUAUUUGUCAUUUAGUACACUAUCAGACUAUAUACCAUGUAUCUGUCAGUAUAUACACUAUUAGAGUACAUGUAUGUGUAUGUAACAAAGUAUACAUUAUUGAUGGACAAUAUUAUUAUACAUGUGACAGUGUAUUCAGCUGUCUGUUCAGUAGGCAGCACCUGAGGACUGUAAUUCCUUGUCGAGUGAAAGCAUCAUGUAGCUCAGUGAAACAUAGUUAAAAUGGACUGGUGCUUUUUGGCAUCAGGAGGUGGAAAUAUGCUGCAUUUUUAUGUAAAUGUUUAUAGGUUUACAUUACAAAACUUCAAAACUUUUGGGAUGUUCAGUUCCUAAGGUGUAUAUGUAUAUGAGAAUCUUAAGAUUUUUCCCUAUUAGUGUGUAUUGCAUUUUUCUGCCUACUUUUUUAUUACACGCAGACAUGAUUAGACAGUCUCUGGUCUGGAGUUUGUAACAUUUGGCAUGAUUCAUUUGUAUACUUAGUAUCACACUGAACCCCUGAUGAUUGUAUGUAUCUUUCAUAUUGGAAGAUAUUUUGAUGAUAAUUUUCAAGUCUAUAGGUACAAGCAUGUGCACAUGAACCUAUUUAAUAUGUUUGUAUGUUUAAUAUGUUCCGAAUAGACACUAAUGUAAUUAAAUAAACUGCUGUUUUCGGAUAUCAGAGAUAGAAUUGUUAGGCUUCAUUUAAUAAAUUUUUACGAGGUUUUCUGAAGAAUUGUUAAAAAAGGGCCCCAUAUAGCCACCUGUUGAUACUCUUUUAGAUAAAAUUGAAAUAUAUAAGAUAUUUUUUCAAAAGAAGAUUUGUUGGAAGAAGAUCUGAGCUGAUUUAUUUUCUUGGCCCGGCCAUCUGUUUUCACUUUUGAAAGGUUCUAUAUUUUAAAAUUAUUCAUUGUUGUCAUUUUUCUUCCUCAAAUCAAAUAUCACAGGACUAUUAGAAAUCUUCUAGGUGCUGAUAAAGGUAAUUAUUUCACAGCUAGAAGUACUGCCAUGGUUUAGUUUGAUAAUGUGAAGAGUAUUUAAGAAAUAGUCUGUUUUAUCUACUUGCAGAGUAAAAUUACAUGUAAGUAGUCAUAUGAAUACACAUGUACUGAUUGCAGAUGUGGCAAUGUUGUGUUGUCUCCCUUGUGAGACUACAUUUUUAAUGCAGUGCAGACGUCAUCAAAUGUAGAGCCACCUAACCAGGGUGGUUUGCCCUUUUCCUGGGCGUUUCAAAGUUGGUAGAACCAUGAAAAAAAAACAAGUUAAGAGUUUGUUAUUUGGUUGACUCCUUUUGGCGUAUGACAUACUUUGUUUUUUGGGGGGUUUUUUGUUAAAUAUUUAUCAUCCAGAUUACAUAAAGACAUGUAUUAUGGAUAUGGAUUUGGAUGGAAGAAGUAAGGUUGGAAACUGAGAACCUUAGGUAAGUCGAAUGUACUACCAAAUUGCUUAGAAUUUCAAGGUAUAGUUAAUGCAUUAUGCAAGUCAGACAUCGAUGGUCUGAUAGUUUGUUUUGUAUGUUUUAUAAUUAAAAUCCGGAUUCAGAUAGUCUACAUACGUGUGUUAUGUAUUAUAAUAAGCGUAUUAUUUAGGUGGGUAGAUUUGGUAUUCUGCAAUAGACUGAUAUUACGGUGUUUUGGUUUAAGUAUCAACCAUGUCAAAUCCACCUUGGCCGUCUGUAACGCACAAGUCCAUAUUCUAACCUAGAAAGUUCGCCACUUAUAGGUAGGAUGUCGUCUGUUCGCCGUUGUAGUGAUGUAUUUGGCUCCUAAUAUUGAAGCCCAAAAUGUUUUGUGAGGAGCGGUGAGUUACCAGUUGUCUGUAACUGUCUGUUGCUUCAGGCUUAUGACAUGCACGGCCGCUUCAUGUAAAUUAUUGUACAAACUUUCCGGUAGUUUACCAUGUAUCAAAUGUUGUGUGACAUGAAGACUUAUACUUCCCGCCAACUGGUGUUAGCGCUCUGUUAUUACUGGGCAAUAACACCAAUAUACAUAAAUGAACCGAUUGAAACUGCCUAUUGUUUUUGUCUUCAUUAUCACCGUAUAUAUUUAUUUAAAUGAGAUGCGUAUAUUGAGAUAUAUAUGUAAACUGAACAUGACACGCUGUACUGUUGUAUUCUUGUCAGUUUUGUUUACUUAGUUGUGCACGUAGUGCUACCUCAUUUUUCCUGGGUGAUUCGCGAUGAAGAGAGAGAACAGAAUAGUGGCGAUCUGGUGUCAAGUUUUUCGGUGUUGCACAGCAGUAUGACGUACGCUCAUAUGGCUAAAUGUGUAUAUACUAACAUGGCGAACGAGUUUACAACCGUGAAAUAAAGCUCUGUAU